CCCGUCCUGCCUUUCUCCCCGGCCACACUCGCUAAGAUGAGGAUCCAUGGCGAAUGGCACCGGCAAUAGCAUGCUAAAAUGCGUGGUGGUGGGCGACGGGGCGGUGGGCAAAACUUGCCUGCUCAUGAGCUAUGCCAACGACGCCUUCCCGGAGGAGUAUGUGCCCACCGUGUUCGACCACUAUGCAGUGAGUGUUACUGUUGGCGGCAGGCAGUACCUUCUUGGACUUUAUGAUACAGCGGGACAAGAAGAUUACGAUCGCCUGAGGCCGUUAUCUUAUCCCAUGACAGACGUUUUCCUCAUCUGCUUCUCCGUGGUGAAUCCGGCCUCCUGCCAGAACGUGAAGGAAGAAUGGGUUCCAGAGUUAAAGGAAUAUGCACCAAAUGUACCUUUCCUGCUGGUGGGAACACAGAUCGACCUCCGAGAUGAUCCCAAGACUCUAGCAAAACUCAAUGAUGUGAAGGAAAAACCCAUUACUGUCGAGCAAGGACAUAAGCUGGCGAAAGAGAUCGGGGCAUGCUGCUACGUGGAGUGUUCGGCUCUGACACAGAAAGGAUUGAAGGCCGUCUUUGAUGAAUCCAUUAUAGCUAUUCUCACUCCAAAGAAAAACCCCAUGAAGAAGAGACUAGGCUCGAGGUGUAUAAACUGCUGUCUGAUCACGUGAAGCACGGACGCAACACCACUCACGG